GCUUUUCAGUAAGCGACCGUCCCUUGAUCGACGUCCACCGUGUCUCGGUUCCGACCGCCUCGUCCUUAGCACUUUCUGAACCGUUAUGUCCGUAUUCGAAGGGAAGCCGGAUCGAUAGUUUUUUCCUCCCGUUGAACAGCAACGACUGAGGUACGCGGAUCGACUUAGAGAAAUCAAUGCUCCGCACCGGGCUCAACGGCUCGAACCCUUUGAUCAGUUUUCGCCACGGAAAGAGUGCCUCGGGACGCCCGUGUGUGUUGCCGUCGUACGAGAAGGGAAAGGAUUUUACGACAAAGAGGACAGUUUUAGAGUCUGUGAUACUCAUCCGACGAGAUGGCCCUCAACGCCGCCGCUCCCAAGGAGAAAAGAAAGCCGAGUGAGAAGAGAAAAGAGAAAUCACGAGAUGCUGCCAGGUGCAGAAGAAGUCGAGAAAGUGAGAUAUUCACGGAUUUGGCUGCGGCGCUUCCCCUGCCUACAAGUGUCGUUUCACACCUUGAUAAAGCAUCUAUUAUGAGAUUAAUCAUCACUCACUUAAGGAUCAUGAAAAUUUUUAAAAAAAUUGAGACGAAAAAAGAAAUUAAAAAAGACUCUCAUGAUGACUUGUUUUUGAAAGCAGUAGGAGGGUUUGUUCUGGUCUUAGCACUUGAUGGGGACAUCAUAUUUAUAUCAAACAAUGUUUCCACUUAUUUGGGAAUAUCACAGGUAGACCUCCUGGGACAAAGCAUUUAUGAAGUCACCCAUCCAUGUGAUCAUAGUGAUAUUAAGGAAGUACUCUCGGUGAAAAAUGAUCCUAGUGAGCAGUCAUCAUUCUUUUUACGAAUGAAGAGCACUUUGUCAAGUAAAGGCCGAAGUAUUAAUAUCAAAUCUGCUUCAUACAAGGUCCUUCGUAUCAAUGGUCGGUUCAUGGAACUCGAUGGUGCUCUAAAUGACAAAUUUAGUUUUGUAACUAUCGCCACUCCGAUCCCACAUCCGAGUGACAUCGAUGCACCGCUCGGGGCCUAUAUUUUCUUGAGCAAACAUUCCUUGGAUAUGAAGUUCACUUAUGCAGAUGAAAGAAUGACUUACUUUUUGGGUUACGAGCCGAAAAAUUUAAUUGGCAAAUCCAUGUAUCAGUAUCACCACAUUCAAGAUAACAGCUGCAUUGAAAAAACAUACAAAGCUUUGUUUGCAAGGGGACAGUCUGAAACAGGGAUGUACAGGUUUUUAGCUCAAGGUGGGGGCUACGUGUGGGUAUCGACACAAGCAACAAUUAUCUACUGUGACAAAGGGACCAAGCCCCAGAGCAUCGUUUGCGUCAAUUAUGUUAUUAGUGAAAAAUUGCAUGAAGACGAAGUCUACACCACAGAUCAACUCGAGUGGGUCAUGGAACAUGAGAAGGAAAGGAUACUCCCGACAGAGAUGAAAACAGUGGCAUCACCACCGAAACUUACUUCAGCAGUCAAAUCUGAACAACCGUCUCCUCGUCCUCAACCGGCGACUAUAAAGAUAUUCGCUCCUAAGACAGCAGAAAUGAAUCAAGGAUUCCUUUCAUUCUCGGAUGAAAACGGAUCUCCAACAUUGUGUAAAGACGAACCUGAUGAUUUAACAUAUCUGGCUCCUGUUGAUGGUGGUGUAUGCGUAUCGCUUGAUAUCCCGUUGCACGAUGUGUUCAACAAUGUGACAUUCAACCCCGACGAUCAAUAUUGUCCGUUGAUCAAUGCAGAUGCGGUGACUCCGUUGUUCUCGUCUUAUCGCGAUGACGGCUCGACUAAUUCCUUGUCUCCAGAUGAGACCGAUAGGACAGGAUGCAAUCUCCCGUCACUCAUCGUUGAACCUUCUAGUUUUGAAGAAGCAAACAUGAAGACAAUCCUUGGACUGGAUCUGAUCGAUGCGGACACAGACGAUUUGAAUAAAGCACAGUACAUUUGCGAUGAGAUGGAAGAUAUACCUUCAUUAAUGCCGUUUGAUCUAGCCUGGAAUGUCAAUUUCCAAGCUAACAGCAAUAAUUCCAGUUCAAGAUGUUCUCCAGUACCUCAUGAGAUGAAUACUGAUAGUCUACCAGAACUAAAGCAGUACCUUCAGAAUGAUGAAAACACCAGUGUGAGCACCAUACAAUCAGAAUUCUUUAUUGCUAAAUCAUUGGACAAAAAUGAAAGUCAAACAUUGAAGAGAGUAUUCCCCUCUGAGCAAGAUACUGCCAAGAAAAGGAAGCACCAGACGCUGCCAGUCUCCAACUUUGGCAGUAACGAAUCUAUGUUGCAGAAUCUAUUUUCUGGCCAUGAUCUUGUCAACAGCUUUAUGCUUCAAGCUCAGAAAAAUCCAGUGAUCCACAAUUUUCAAAAUAAGAUUUAAUAACGGUUUGGAGCUAAUUUUUUUCCAAAUUUGCCUUUUUAUACGCCAUUUGUAAUAAAAUUGAAGAUGUUUUUGACAAAAAUAUUCAUAUAAAAUGAAAUUUAAAAUUAUAAAUAGAAUAAUGGUAUUGUGUUAAAAUACGUUUUCAUUAUUUAUAACUGUGUUCAAAAAGAAGCCACUAAUCAAAUUUGAAAUAUGAAUGUGUAAUGCAGUUAGUUUUUUUAAGGGUGUACCUGCAAAAAUAAGCAGUUCGGUGGUGAAGGUCCGAGUUUCCCAACAAAAGACAAAAUGGGAUUUUUGUAAAGAGAUUUUAUUGUAGUUUUUUAUAACAUGUUAUCUUGUAAUUAAGGUGUUGUGUCCCCAGCCAAUUGAUUAUUUAAGGGGUUUUGUCUUUCAUAUUCAUCUUUUUUUUUUGUUUUUAAUUUUAAAUUCAAUUUUAAUAUUGAUUCGAGGAGGACAAUUAGUUCUAUGAUUUUUUGCUCUUUUCGAACCUCAUUUGGAGGAAUGGAACUCCUCAGUUAUCACAGUAAAUCCUCAAUGAAAAGUUAGUUGCAAAUUUUAAGUACAAAAACUACUUAAUUAAUUUUUGUUUUAUAUGAUGUGCUUUUCCAUAUUGAGUAACGUGUCAAAACAUUUCAUUUCUACUUUUAUAUGCUUAAUACAGUGAAAACUUCCCUAUAAAGGACACGCUCGGGGAAUGAAACAAAUUGUUCGCUUUUGGGAGAAGAGUGAAAAAGUGUUUAGUAUUACAAGAUGGGCCAUAAUCAAUCAAUAAAAUUUGUAUUUACUUGUAAAAUAUGAUUUAUUAAACACAAAAGAACAUUUAAAAAAAUGUGACUGAAAAACUUUGUUAUUGAUCUGCUUUAUAGAAGAUUUUAGAGGGAAGUUGCCAGGUAAUCAGGAUUUGUUCAUUCAAGGAAGGCGUCUUCUUUUGAAAGGUGUCCGUUAAGGGAAGUUUCACUUUAAAAUAAUAAAGUGUUAAUUUAUCAAGGACGAAAACACACAAUGAGUGCCAAAAGUUUUGAUACACCUCAUCUUCAAAUUUAUCCUCAAUGAAAUAGUCACCAAUAACAGCAACGCUUAUAUGCCCCCAAAUAAGUUUGCUGCCCCCCCCCCAAUGCUUUACUGUGAGGAUAAGAUUCAGAAUUCAGCUCUGUAUUUUUUCUGACCAGAUCCAAAAAUACUAAUACUUACACUCCUGAGGUUGAACGUUUUUAGUACAGUCGGUUUUCCGAUAAAUCUUAUUUAUAUAUCUUAUCUUAUUUAUACAUAGUUUAAAUAUUUUUUCUAGUUCUUUCUUGAGCCUCCUAAGCACUCUCGCUUGUUGAUACACUUUUCAAUUUCUUCCUUAUUCUGUAGCCAAUUUAAGAAUUUUUCUGCAUUUUCUGAAGCACUUAAUUUAGACCUUCUGCUUCUUAUAAAUGAAAAACACUUAGUUGGGCCAUGCUAUUUUUUGAACUGUUGCAUGACUCCUAUCUCGCAUCGGAUUAUGCAGACAAAUCAUUUUUCUUUCAACAACAGUGGUUUUUUGUCCCAUUGCUCUUUAAAAUGUAUCGAUUUUAAGCAAAAAAAAAAAAUUGUAAUGUUUAAGUACUGACCACAAGUGAAAUGUUACGAAAGACAUGCAAUGAGGAGCAUCUUUUGCCCCUGUUUUGCCUUCAGAACACUUGAAGGGAGAUAAUUAUGUACCUGUUUUGUGGUGUUUCAUCAUGAAAAAAAUGUAAAAAGAUAAUUUUUUCGUGUGUAUCAAAACUUAAGACACCGUAAAUUGUAAAAUAUUACAGCCAAAUCAAAAUGAGAUUAUUGUUGAGGAUUUUCUGUUUUAUUUUAAUAAAAAAUUAUUGUAUACCAUUAUGUAAAAAUAUAGAAUAGGAUUCAUUUAAACAA